AUGGUUGAUUCUGAUGAUCCGAAACAGCUUCUCAUUGAGGCAGAAAGCAUGAAAAAGCUUGCCUUUUGCGGUGUUGCUGUUUCUACCGUAGCUACUCUGGUAGCAAUUAUUUGCGUACCAAUGCUCUGCACCUACAUGCAAAAUGUGCAGUCUAACUUGCAAGAUGAGAUUAGCUUCUGCAGGACACGCGCAAUUGGAUUACGAGGAGAAUUCACCAAACUCGAAUCAUCGCGUUCAGCACUGAAAAAAGAAAGACAAAAGAGGCAGGCAGUAUUCCAAUGUUGCAGUUGCGGUAUUGGUCCUGUUGGUCCACCAGGCCCACCUGGACAAGAUGGUGACGAUGGCCGAGAUGGCCCACCUGGCAAGCCCGGGAUGCCAGGUCAGGAUGCUCAAGAAACCCAACUACCAACUGAACGAGACUGGUGUUUCAAUUGUCCUGCAGGACCACCAGGUCCACGAGGUAAACCAGGACCAAAAGGACAGAGAGGAUUGCCGGGAGACAAAGGUUCUAGCGGACAGCCUGGUGAACCGGGUCCUGUGGGACCACAAGGGCCAAGAGGACCGAAUGGACCUCGAGGAAAUCCAGGCCCAGCUGGCGAACCAGGAAAACCGGGUGUACAGACUGAGGUGCCUGGACCACCAGGACCACCUGGCCCACCAGGACCACAAGGACCACCAGGUGAGCAAGGUCCAGCUGGGCGAGAUGGCAAUCCCGGACGACCAGGACCACGUGGACCACCAGGUCAGAACGGCAAAGAUGGUCCUCCAGGACAUGAUGGUCCAAAUGGUGAUCAAGGAGAAGCAGGUCCCGAUGGACCAAAAGGCAGUUGUGACCAUUGUCCACCUCCCAGAACAGCUCCAGGCUAUUAA